CGGCGGAGAGGGGCGGGGCAUGCCUUGGCCACGCCCCUUGGUUCUCGGCUCAACCCUUCUCUGUUACUAUAGCAACGGAUCAACUUCCGGAAGGCGGUGCUUUGGAGAGUCCAGCAUUUUCAAUAUCCCUGUGUCCAAGUUAUUGAGGACCAACAAAGGCGAGAGAAGAAUGUCUUUGUUCCUCCGUAAGCAGCCCGUGGAGAUACCUUUGCCCACUGAAAAGGACUGGAUCAAAAAGCAUGAAGAGGAAGAUCUAUUUCUAAAAGACCCUGAUGAGUCUUUGCCUCAGCCUUUGCGGACCAUCAAUAAAGUGCUGAACCUGCUGUUUGACCGGGCCUGGGAGAUUAUUGAAAGCAAGCGUCCACUGCAGGAAAUAAAGCAACAAAACCUUGCUUUGACAAUAUACCACCCUUCAGCUGAGUUGCAGAUAACAGGAAGGGUAAACUGCCUGGAAGUCUCAGGGAGAUAUAUCUUUGCUGGGCUCUCUACAGGACUUUCUGUCUUCAGUUCAUCCAUGUGUGAGAAGCUUUGUGCUUGGGAGGCAACCAACCUUGAAAUUUGUACCAUCUGGGUCUCAGGACUUAGUGGCAACUCCUACCUCCUUGGGGCAGUUGAUGAGCUAGGUGUUGCCCAUCUUUUUUAUUUUAUCAGAGAGAACCUCCUUCAUAUAAAAGCCAUAAAUGAAGUGGAAGAUAUUACCAAGCGAAAUAUAUGUGCCACCUUACAGCUCUCUCAUCGGGCUGAUUAUGCUGGCUUCCUGCUACAAAGCAGCUCAGAAGGUUGGCUGGAGAUUUACCGAUUGCCUAAGGAUUCCUGGCUGAAGGAGCUGGAACAAAUCCAAGCAGUGGCCAUUACAUCUCCAGCUCUGCUUCCAGGUCUUCCUGGAAGUGAGAAUGAAAAGCCGAAGGAAAAGGAAGUCAAACAGCCAUCCCCGCCAGACAGAAGUGGAUCAAAAGCAGGAAGGCGCCAUUCCCCAAAGAAAAAGAGUAUGGAUAUCCAAGGUCAAGUCACCGAAGAGAUGGAUUUGCCCCAACUCCUAAGCAAAGUUGAAUCUAAGCUGGUUCCCCCAGUUCUGCUCCUGAAAGUCAGGUCACCCAAGCCACUUGCAGGAAGCACCUUUAAGAAUCCCUUUGAUGCCUUAAUGAAGAGCGAUGAUGGCAGUGUUCUUGGCUUGGGAUACAACCAUAUGAUCAAGGACUCCCAGUGGGAGCAGCUGGAUGCCAUUUUUAACAACACUUUCCAACAGUAUCUGGAGACGGAGGCAGAGAUGGAGCCCAAAGAGGAGAAACCCGGCCAUGCUGUGUUUCAUUUUCACUUGCCCAGUCGCACCCUGCCUCUGGGAGCUGAAAUCAAAGCUGAGCCAGAUAUUCCUGUUGCACUAAGCGUUCAUUGGAGCGGUAGUCAUAAUCUUUGUUUUUAUUUUCUCAGUCGUCCACCAAAGGAGAAACCAGAUUCUGAUCCAAAACCAGACAUCGUUUGGCCAUGUGCGGCUCCAAUUGCAUGUUCAGCUAUCACACCUUGCUCUUCUUACCUAGCUUUUGCCUGUGAAGACAGAACCAUUACUGUCUGGGACACAUCUGUUGGGUUCCCAUUGUCUGUGAAUGUGCUUCCAAAAGGCUAUGCUAUACGAAGCCUCCAGUUUGUGCCUCUUUCUUUCACAUCAAACAAAAAAUUGUCUAUCCCUAACAAGAACCCUAGUAAGGAGAAAGUGCAGCUUCUGGCAUUGUGUACAGAUGGAUCUCUCCAUUUAAUCACAUCAGGAACCCAAGAAUGUGACACCAAGCUCUUGGGGUACAAACCUCAGGCUCCCAGCCAGAUGAUCAGUGCUGUGGGAACCAUCCCAACCUUGCCUGAUGCCGUGCUGAUCUUCUUCAGGGAUGGCACGGUCAACCUAAUGGACAUCGCUUUGCAAGAAAAUAUUUGCCAGUUCGGUACCCCAUUCCCAUAUAAAAUAGCCUCUCCCUGGCAGCCAGUUUUUUCGGUGGAUAGCAGUGGCCAAGGCAUGAUCCUUAGAGGGGAAGCCCAGUCUGGGAGUGUGAAGGGAGAAACAGAAGUCAUCUUCCUCUUUGACUUCACUUUCUACCCAUUGAUGGAGACAUUUGCGCUUAAAGUCAAACAGUCUACUGAUAGCUUAGCACAUCUACCAUGGGACCAGCGCUGUGACAUCUUCCUAAAUGACAGCCUGCAGCGGCUGUCCACAAUUAGCCAGCAGAUGCCCGAGUGCUGGAGCCAGCUGCAGGACUAUGCGGCUGCUUUGACAAGAGGGAGCCCAGAGGAAACGCCAGGAGAGCUGGAGUCCGGGGUUGCUGAAGAUAUCAUUGGCUGAUAAUAGCAUUCAGUGUGGACAACAUCCCUGCCAUUCCCGUGUUUCAGGAAUUCAAAGUCUGCGCAGAAACUGGGAUGUUCUGCCUCACUUCCCUUUGGAUCCUUCUCAGCAGCAUCUUAAAUCUUAACCAGUCCUCAAGGGAGAGGACACAAAGCAUGAUAUCAAUUGUUCCAAAGCAGGGAUAAACUAUCAUUAUAUAUGGAGACUCAAAGGGCAGUUUUUAGCAUAUAUAUUUUUAAUGUGGUUCUUAGUUUAAUUUAUUUUUAAUGCGGCUUUUUAUAUGUUUAAUUGUAAUGUUUUUAAUGUGUAAGUUGUCUUGAAUCCCAGUGUUGGGAUAUUAAUAAAUAUGCAAAUAAAGUCAGCAACAGCAACAACAGUUAGUAAUGCUUUCAGGUAGAAAUAGAGCAUUCUCCAGUGGCCCCAGAAUGCCAGAGUUUGUAAAGUUUCACAAUAGCUAAUUGUGGCUUGGCAUUGUGUGAAUUACUGGAGGAGAACGUGGUCUUGCAAUCUCUCUUUUCUUCUUUCUCUUUCUGAUCCUGGUUUGAGGCAAUUUGUAGUUUGCCAUUUGGAAAACAGGGCUUGUUCAAGGUGAGAUGACAAACCAUAGUUUGCUUCUCUGUGUUCCCCUUGGCGUUCAGGCUGGUGAAUUUGUUUACAACUUUAAGAGACUUGAUCUUUAAGCAGAAUUUUAAUAUAACAGCAGUUGCCCACCAGAGAGCACUCCUGCACUGUAGCCAAUGUAGAGAAACAGAUCUUUGCUGACUCCGAGGUGCUCCUGAUAUCCAUCCAACGUUUUCAUCCAGAGACAUGACUGAGACAUGAGUUAAAUCCUAAAAUGUGGUGGUUUUUAAGCUUUUUAAGCAAUGCGUUUUCAGG